AUCAGUAUCAAGUAUUUUUUUUUCAUGAAUUUGAUCAGUCAGAGCAUAUCCAUUCAUUGAAAUGUGUAUGUGAAUGAAAAUGUAUUUGGGUCAGUCUUUUACUUUGAGCCCUUUACAAGCUCUAGCCUAUUUAUUAUUAAGUAAAUUGUGAUUAGAAGUCGAAGUUAAACAUAACUCAACACAGCAAAGCAUCCUUAGAGAGAUUCACCAAAACAAGAGUGCUGUGUUGUCACUCUGUGUCUUAAUUAAAAGCAGGUGUCAAAUCAAAAUGCUCAAUAUGCUUAAUCAACUGUGAUUUUAACCACUCUGUGUACAAUAUCGUACGGUCCCUUGCUUAUCAAAUGAACCACACACUGAUUCUGGAAUAUAAACUUAAGACGAGUUACGUCCAUGUGAGUAACGUCAGCUCCACCGGGAACAGCCCGGACUGCGGCUGCAGCCGUGUCAAACAACCUCCAACUGAUUACAGCUUUCAAGGGAAAGAUGGCGACCCGAGUCCUUCAAAGAGUCAGCAAAGGCCUGAAACAGACGAAUAAUGGGCUCCAGGCGAACGGGCAGGUCACGGUUGUCGUAAGGAGUCUCUCAGCUUUCCGUGAAGACAGCUGGUUCAAGUCCCUGUUUGUUAGAAAGGUCGACCCCAGAAAGGACGCUCACUCUCAUCUGCUCGCCAAGAAGGAAGACAACAACCUGUACAAAAUACAGUUUCACAAUGUCAAGCCUGAGUGCCUUGAUGCUUACAAUGACCUUUGUGCGGACGUCUUGCCUUCCAUUCAUGCUAACCCUGAAUACACUUGUGAGCUUGUGGGCACAUGGAACACCUGGUACGGAGAGCAGGAUCAGGCAGUUCACCUGUGGAGAUAUCGGGGAGGAUACCCGGCUCUCACCGAAGUCAUGAACAAACUCAGGCAGAAUAAGGAGUUUAUGGACUACAGGAAAGAGAGGGGAAAGAUGCUGCUGUCUCGUAGGAACCAGCUGCUGCUGGAGUUCAGCUUCUGGAACGAACCCGUCCCUCGUCCAGGACCCAACAUCUACGAGCUCCGAUCAUACCAACUCAGGCCGGGGACGAUGAUCGAGUGGGGAAAUUACUGGGCACGUGCGAUCGAGUUUCGUCAGGAGAACCACGAGGCAGUGGGAGGCUUUUUCUCACAGAUCGGAAGCCUGUACACAGUUCACCACUUAUGGGCCUACAAAGACCUUCAGUCCAGAGAAGACACCAGAAAUGCAGCCUGGCGGCGUGAGGGUUGGGAUGAGGUUGUUUAUUACACAGUCCCUCUCAUUCAGCACAUGGAAUCUAGAAUAAUGAUUCCCAUGAAGAAUUCGCCCUUGAAGUAACCACAAACAGCGGGGGAGCCUCUCAACAGCCACUGCAACUGUCGCACUGACCUGUGGAGAGCGUAACCAACCAUCAGAGUGUGCACUGCCAGGGAAAUCUGCAUAACAUCAACAUGCUGUUUCAGUUUUUGUUUUUCUUUGUCGUUUCUUUACUCCCCGUUUCUGUGUGGGCUUAGAAUGUCUUAUUUCGGGUGGUGGAAGUUCAAAACAAAUCACCAAAACUGCAUCUGUUACAGCGGUUAAUGUGUUACUGAUUCAUUAAUGUGCUUUGUGUAGACAAAAUAUAAUUUGACAUGCCCCUCC